CCGAGGGUUAUAGAUCUGAGAUCGAGCGCACACGCUGCCCAUCUGCCACAAGAUGAGGCGACUCUUGCUGCCCCUGCUCCUCGCCAGCACAACGGCGGCGAAGAGCACCUACUGGAAAGAAGUGGAAGCCAAGAAGCGGCGGCCGGCCGCCGCGGCCUAUUGUCCCAAAAGGUGCUUCACGACGGAAGCGAGCGGCGACGAGAAGAGGGAAGUAGCCGACUUGACAUGCUGCUCGUCGGCGCAGGGGACGAUUUUCGAGCUGGCCGCGUUCGUCGCGGCGACGACGGAGACGGCGGUGCGAGGCUUCUCCCUGGGUUUCGGCUACGUCCUCGUCAAGGCGACGCUGCGGGCGGCCGACAGUGACGAGGGCCCGCGGAGCGGCCACGACUUCGGGCCGGCGUACCGCUUCGCGCGCAUGGCGGGCCUCGGCGUCGCCUGCUCGUUCGUCGGCCUUUCCAUGUUCGUGCCGGUGGGCCUGAGGCUGGGCCACCGGCUGGCCUAGGACGCGUCUUUCGUCUUUCCUCCCCUUCCUCACGUCUUACUAAGUUUGUUGAAUUCUA